AAGGACAAGUUGGAGAGCUAGGAAACUGUACUACCAGUCACUCACUGUCAUAAGAAAAUUUAUUAUCUUGAUUACUUUGGUUCGACAUGAGUAAAUGGCCGAAAAUUAUAUUGUUUGGUGAUUCAAUCACUCAGCAUGCGUUUAGAGAAGGAGGAUGGGGAGCAUCAUUGGCUGACAAGCUUCAAAGAAUAUUUUUCUUGUAGAAAAUGUGAUGUUUUAAAUCGUGGUUUUUCUGGGUACAACACAAGUUGGGGAAAACACUUGAUUCGCAAGAUUGUUCCAGAACAUAUCGUCUCGGAUGUAGUAGCAGUUACGAUAUUCUUUGGGGCCAAUGAUGCUGUCUUGAAAGGCCAAUCACAGAAACAUGUUCCUCUUGAUGACUUUCGUCAAAACCUUAAGGAGAUUGUGGAUUAUUUAACUGAAAUUGGACUUCCUAAGGAAAAACUUAUUCUUAUCACACCACCACCACUAGAUGAAAAGGCAUGGAGUAAACACUGUAGGGUGAAAGAUGUCUCCAAACUUAACAGAAGAAGUGCAGUGACACAAGAGUAUAGCAACGCUUGCUGCUCUGUGGCUAAGCAGUGUGAUGUUGCCUGCAUCGACCUGGCAUCCAUGCAAGAGGAGCCAAAUUGGGAACGAUUUUUAGAAGAUGGCCUCCACCUAUCUAUUGAAGGAUCGUAUUUUUUGGAGGAGAAACUUAACGCAUUGAUGUUGGAAAAGACGAAAGACCUUCCCGUUAUCUUCCCAGAUUGGAAGGAUAUAGACACAGACCGCCCAGAAGACAGCUUAUUUGAAUAAACUUACUAAAACAGUUUACAUAAUUUUAAAACAGCUCUUAUAUUUCUUUGGAAAAGUAUUAUAUUUUAUACUUUUAUUGUAACAUGAAAUGCUGCAUCAGGCAAUUAUUUAUUUUUAUUUUGUGAACUUCUACAAGUACCUUGCCUUUAAUUUUGUGAUCAGGGAUGCACAGCAAUUUUAAUUGCAACAUUUGUGAAUUGUUUUACAGCUUUUCAGUUGUAUAACCGAUCUAUAAUGUUGUCUGGUUGUGUAUUUUUAGUAAAUACAGUGAGGUGUGGAGUCUAUUAAACGAUCAUGAUUUCCUUAGUUUCAAUCAUUUGUAAUAUUUCUCUUCUUUCCACCGAGUCUUUAUAGUGUUUGGAACGUCAUGUAGGCCUAAUAGAUAAUGCAUAAUUUGUAAUAGUGAUUAUAAUUUAUUAUAAUAUAUUAUAAUUUAUUAUAAUACUAAGGGUGAUACAUAGGAUUGAUAUUUUCAAAACAAUCAAAUGUAAAUAUUUAUGUGGUAAUUAGUCUAUAUACCUUCAUGAUCGAAUCAGAAACUCAAUAAUGACACGUUAUUAAAUUUUGAGCACGUGUUUCCAUCACAGUCACGGUACAGUGGACGAUGAGUUGAGAAAGUAUAUGUUUGUCGCCCUCUAUAGUCGAACCGAAGAACGCGUGUACAUCGCGAAUUUGCGUAACGUAGGAUAGUUUGCUAAAGUUAAUUAAUUAUUCAUAAUCAUAAUCAUUCCUAUAGAAUUCCAAAUUUAUCCUAUUGCUUUAACUUAAAAAUUGCUUAAAAUUAAAAUGUCGAUUGUACGCAUGAACCAUCAAAGACAAUUUUAAGCUAAGAUUUUGCUAAGAUGGUUUGAUAAAUCGGCUUUAGAUAAUUUUGCUUAGGGACUUUUUGACUCUUAAGACAUUUGCUAAGCUGAGAUUGAUAAAUCCCGGGCCAGCUGUUUUGUGCAUCUCGAGUGUGACGUAGUGUUCGAUUUUGAUAGAAAACGACACACUUUUCUUUUUUUAUGAGCCUUGUUGAAUCAAUGCAAAAAUAAAACAAGUUUGGUAUAGUAGA